ACGUGCCUCCCAAUCCCAGCUCAGUCCCUCCCCGCCCCCGGGCCUCCCAGUCUUCGCGAACGCUGUUCUUGGGCCUGGAGUCGCCAUUUUGCUGCCAGAGACGCGGUGUGGAGACCCGACGCGUUCUUCCUUCGGCAGCCGAGGCUGCGGCGGGGCCGGGGCUGGGGUCUGGGCCAGAACUCCUCCCUGCGGAGAUUGAAAGAGGACCGACAUGUUAUUGAGGACUUUUGUUGUCAGAAAAUAAAGGAGGUUGUCCAUUCUUGACUUUAAGCAGCAAACAGUAAAACACUGAGCUCUUCAGCUCCACCUUUCUUGCUCAGAAUUUGAAAACCUAGAAGGUUUUGAUGUUUUGUGUGGCGCCACCUGAAUUGGAAACCAAGAUGAACAUAACCAAAGGAGGUCUGGUGUUGUUUUCAGCAAAUUCCAAUUCAUCAUGUAUGGAACUUUCAAAGAAAAUUGCCGAGCGGCUAGGGGUAGAGAUGGGCAAAGUGCAAGUUUACCAGGAACCUAACCGAGAAACAAGAGUACAGAUUCAAGAAUCUGUGAGGGGAAAAGAUGUUUUCAUUAUCCAGACCGUCUCAAAGGAUGUGAACACCACUAUCAUGGAGCUCCUGAUUAUGGUGUAUGCAUGUAAAACCUCUUGUGCCAAGAGCAUCAUCGGUGUGAUCCCCUACUUUCCUUACAGCAAACAGUGCAAGAUGAGAAAAAGAGGCUCCAUUGUCUCUAAAUUGCUGGCUUCCAUGAUGUGCAAAGCUGGUCUAACUCAUCUCAUUACCAUGGAUUUACACCAGAAGGAAAUCCAGGGCUUCUUCAAUAUUCCUGUCGACAAUUUAAGAGCAUCACCUUUUCUCUUACAGUACAUUCAAGAAGAGAUCCCAGAUUACAGGAAUGCAGUCAUCGUGGCCAAGUCUCCAGCCUCAGCUAAGAGGGCCCAGUCUUUUGCAGAGCGCCUUCGCCUGGGGAUCGCAGUGAUUCAUGGCGAAGCGCAGGAUGCUGAGUCAGACUUGGUGGAUGGACGGCACUCCCCACCCAUGGUCAAGAGUGUGGCUGCCAUCCACCCCAGCCUGGAGAUCCCCAUGCUGAUUCCUAAAGAAAAGCCCCCAAUCACUGUUGUUGGCGAUGUUGGAGGAAGGAUUGCCAUCAUUGUGGAUGACAUCAUCGAUGAUGUGGACACCUUUCUCGCUGCAGCAGAGACCCUGAAGGAAAGAGGUGCAUAUAAGAUCUUUGUGAUGGCAACUCAUGGUCUGUUAUCUUCCGAUGCCCCCCGGCUGAUUGAAGAGUCUGCCAUUGACGAGGUGGUAGUUACCAAUACAAUCCCACAUGAAAUUCAGAAGCUUCAGUGCCCCAAGAUCAAAACAGUGGAUAUCAGCAUGAUCUUGUCAGAAGCCAUCCGGCGCAUUCACAAUGGGGAGUCCAUGUCCUACCUUUUCAGAAACAUAGGCUUAGAUGACUAAACACCUUUCUGCUUUUAAAACUCUCAUGGGCCAAACUGGAAGACUGGGCAUUAAUGCUUUGAGGUCAUGCUGAACUGUGUACACAUGACAGGAGCUGAUUUGUUUGUUCCUCCCACUCCCUAUACCCUCUCUUGCUGAUUCCUAUGAAGAUAAACCAACUUUUUAUGUCAGUUUGGGAAUGUGUUUGGGGCAAUUUUUAUAAAAGAAAAACUAUUCUCAAAUAAAGUAAGUUAAGACCUGGUUGUUUUUAGUGUAACUAGUUUAAAAAUAAUACUUGGAAUAAGAUUUUUUUUUUUUAAGCUCACAAUAGUCUUUUCCCAAAGUUGCUUAAGCCAAGUGUUCAAAAAAGUUAAAGAGAUAAAAUGGUCUAUUACCUGGUAUCUACAAUCCAAAAGCCAAAAAGAUUAUAUUAUUGAUUUCAAUAAACGAUGUUUUUAGAAGUGCUUUUAUAGACAAGCA